UUAUUUUAUUUUACUUUUUUUUGUUGCAAUGAAUGGACAGCCUGAUAUUAUACAAAAUCCACAACCGCCAAAUUAUCAUGCAAUACACAAAUCUGUGAUUGAUAUGUUUCCUGAUUUGGACUUGACAAAAGUUCUCUCAGAUUUUGGGCAUCUAGGUUCGGAGCAACUUGCAGACAUUAUUCUCAACACAGUUAAGAACAUUCCAAAGAAACGGCGAGCUUCGAAACGGAAAGCGUCGGAUGUCGGUCUUGAAGCUGAAGGUGGUCCUCCAAGUGUUGGGUCUGAACAGUCUUUCACUUCGGAAAAUUCAAAUACAAUCGGGAGGUUAUUGAUUGACAAAAUGUUAUGGGAUAUGUAUCAAGUAUUGGUGUCUGAAUUGAACAAAAGCAAAGAAUUGUCUAAAGAUGGAGUCAAGUUUAAUUUUUUGAAGACUGCUCUGGCUGAUCGCUUCCCAACUAUUAGGCUUGAAUUCAUUAGCAAAAUGCUUUCAAUCUUCAAUGGAGCUGUAUUUCCUGUUGCAAUUUCCUGCUUCUUUCUUGAAAAUAACUUUACCGACAAGCUGCGUCGAUUUCUUCCUUCCAAGUUUAUCACCGCAAAUUUUUGGCUUACUGCGACUGCACCUUUACUUAAAAAACGGGCCAAGAAAACUUGCGUGAAUGUUACUGAUGAUUUUGUUAAACAAUUCAAAUUGUAUACUGAUCUCUUGGCAGGUUACCGCGAUGGGGAAUAUGGUGCUCUGUUAACUCCAGAAUUAAAACUUUCCAAUUACGAUCAAGUUGAAUGGGUACGUCCACCAGAAGAAGAACGUAUAGAAUGUCUUGUUUGUUUUGACAUGGUCCCAUUUAACCGCAUCAUUUUCUGCAACGUUCCAGCUACCUCAGCUCGCGAUUUUCUAGCUUCUCAGUUGGCGGCUUUUGACGAACCUGGUCCUAGCAGGGUAAUCUAUGAGGAGCUCAAAGAAAACGGUAAAGAAAAGUCUGAAUCUCAAGUCCAUGCUUUCUGUCGGACAUGUGUUCGUGGAUCAGCUUCAGCGGCGGUUGGCGAAAUUCCUAUGGCCAAAGGUGGAGUUGGACUGCGUUGUAUGGUGCCUGAUUGCGAAAAUCCAAUUCUUUACUCUGAAAUUCGUGUGCUUCUUUCAAAGGAAGUACAAAAGAAAUUGGACGAAAGAAUUGUUGAGGAGAAUCUUGGAAUGGCUUCUCUUACUAAUUUGGAACGUUGUAAGAAAUGUAAUUUUGCUAUUGACAUGGAAGUUGACAAGACUGUCAACAAAGUUUUUGAUUGUAUAGCUUGUGAGUAUAAAAUGUGUCGUCUUUGUGAACGUGAUUGGGACGACGAACAUUUUGGUUAUAGUUGUGAGGAGCUUGAUGCAAAGAAUAAAAAGGAGAAGCGGGACAGAGCACUUGAAAAACAAUUGAACGAAGCACUCAUUCGCAAAUGUCCAAGGUGUGCUGUUCAAUUUGUCAAAGAAGCUGGUUGUAAUAAAAUGACUUGUCGCUGUGGAAUGACUCAAUGUUAUUUAUGCAGAGAGUCUGGUAUUAGUUAUGAUCAUUUUUGCCAACAUGUCCGUGAUCCGAAUAGACCGUGGAAUGAAAUUUGCAAAACUUGCAAGAAGAAGUGCCUUCUCCAUGAAGAUCCAAAAAAGAGAGAUGAACAAUUACUUAAAGAAAUUCGUGAAAAAGGAGUUGUUGAUUCACCAGUAGCUGUAACAAAUACUGAUAGUGUACAAAUUGUUCGUGUACAACCUCCUCAGCAACAACUUCCUGCUCUUCCGCCAUUUGUUCCUCCACGUCUACCAUGGCAAAAUCAGCCGGUUGAUCCACGUCUACCAUUAGGAAAUCAACAACGUGGUGGGACACCAGUUCCUCCUCCACCAGUUCAUGAAAGGUGCCAAAUUGCAAAUUGA